ACGGUUGCAAAAGCCUGUAAUUUGCAGUUUUGCAAUAUACCAGGGACCAAAGCGUGACAGGGGGCCCCACAGGCGCAUGGAAGCCCAAAAGAGCCAGCGAUCGUUCCCAACAUUCCCGGCCGGCGCUGUCGCUUCCCUACCUCGUCGAGAGAAUCCGCUGCCACCUACGCCUACGCGGCCGCGGUCAUGAGUUCCACCGCCGCUGUGGCCCUUAAUCGCCGCACUCGCAGCCGCCCGCCGUCGGCCGCAUCCUCCCGCAGGUCCGAUGAUCCCACGGCCGCCGUCGCCAGUACCGCCAACGGCAACGGCAAUGUCCCCACCAAGGCCGCCUCCCCCGAUCACGCCUCAGGGGAGAGGACGGUCAAGAAGCUGCGGCUGUCCAAGGCGCUGACGAUCCCGGAGGGGACCACGAUCUCGGAGGCGUGCCGGCGGAUGGCAGCGAGGCGGGUCGAUGCCGUGCUGCUCACCGACGCCGGUGGCCUGCUCUCCGGCAUCGUCACCGACAAGGACAUAGCUACAAGGGUCAUUGCCGAGGGGUUGCGGGUUGAGCAAACAAUCAUCUCCAAGAUUAUGACAAGGAACCCUUUAUAUGUCAUGGGGGACACACCUGCUAUUGAGGCACUGCAGAAAAUGAUCCAAGGUAAAUUUAGACACCUUCCAGUUGUAGAAAAUGGUGAGGUUAUUGCGAUGUUGGACAUUACAAAAUGCCUCUAUGAUGCAAUAUCAAGACUGGAAAAGGCAGCAGAGCAAGAAAGUGCACUGGCAGCUGCUGUAGAAGGGGUUGAGCGACAGUUAGGUGGCAACUUCUCAGCUCCACACAAUCUCAUAGAGACUAUGAGAGAACGGAUGUUUAAACCUUCUUUGUCAACCAUUAUCACAGAGAACACAAAAGUAGCAACUGUUUCCCUUUCAGAUCCAGUUUGUGUAGCAGCACGGAAAAUGCGUGAGUUACAAGUUAAUUCAGUCAUUAUUACUGCUGGAAAUUUGCUUCAUGGGAUCUUUACCCCAAGGGAUGUGCUGAUGCGUGUUGUGGCCCAAAAUCUUUCUCCUGAGUUAACUCUAGUAGAAAAGGUAAUGACUGCACACCCUGACUGUGCUACAUUGGACACAACAAUCCUUGAUGCACUACAUAUCAUGCAUGAUGGCAAAUUCUUGCAUAUUCCUGUUCUUGAUGGAGAUGGGCGGGUUGCUGCUUGUUUGGACGUUCUGCAACUUACCCAUGCUGCGAUUUCAAUGGUCUCCCUUUCCAUGGCUCAUGCCCUCUCUUUCUUAAUCCAUCUUAGUAAUCUUAGUCCAUCUGAAAUGGUUUUCCCUCUGAAGGUUGAAGGAGGUCCUGGUGCUGCAACUGAUGUGGCAAACACGAUAAUGCAGAAAUUCUGGGAAUCUGCACUUGCUCUAGAGCAACCUCCAGAGGAGGAUUUUGAUAGUCACAGUGAAUUACCUUUAGUGAUGCCAUCAGAUGCCAGGGAUGGCAGUAGUAGUAUUUAUCGUCCUGCUGUUGAUAAUUUAUUUGUCUUUAAGCUUCAGGACAAGAAGGGACGCAUGCAUAGAUUCACUUGUGGCUCUGAAAGUUUAGAUGAGCUGAUAUCGUCUGUAAUCCAAAGGUUAGGCAUGGUUGAUGAGAAGAGGGUGAUUCAACUGUUGUAUGAAGAUGACGAAGGCGACAAGGUGCUGUUGACAACCAAUUCUGAUCUUACUGGUGCUGUGUUUUGUGCGAAAUCAUCUGGAUUGAAGGUCUUGAGGUUGCAUAUUGACAACUCAGAUUCCAGCAAUGAAGUAGUAACACAGCCAUUGCCAGAGCUGGCAUCAUCCCAGGGAAGUCAGUCGAUGCAUGUUCAUUAUGGUUAUGGAUUGAUGGCUUGCGCGAUUGCUCUGACGGGGGUAGCUGUGAUAGUUUACUUGAGACACUCGAAAGCGUGAUGAACUUCUGGAGGAUCAACAAAGAAUUUUGCAUAGCUUAUAUAUACGACUAAUACGCAUAGAAGGAUCACACACUUCUUCGGCUCAUGAGAAAGUUAAGUAAUCAUGGGCCGAUGACGAAGAUUACAUUGGUGGUCCAAGAAAAAUAUGCUGACUGACUGUCAUGUUCUCCAGUUACCUGACGAAGUCGGUUCUUAUGGUGGCAGGGAAGCCUAUGAUAUGGUUCUUAUGGUUGGCAACCAUGAAUUCAGUGAUGUCUCAAGUAACCAUGUAUAUGCAUCUCUGAGCAUGAAAACCAAGAAUGAAUCACAUAUCCCAAGUCGAGAUUCUUCUUUAA